UUGUUUAUCGUCUCGUUACCCAUGGAGAUACAGGGGGAGCAGAUGGCCGCAGGCUCUGCUGGCUCACUGCUGCUCGGGGAAGAGGGUGAAGAUGAAGGAGAACGGACCUCAGAGAAACUGAAGGCGCAGCUCUACCUCUCGCUGCAGUCUAAAGGCAUCCUCUCGCAACUGAAGAGUCAGUUGAGAUGUCGUCUGGUUCAGGAACUGAGAAGAGGGAGUGGCUCAGCCACGCCCCCUGUUCCCCUGGCACUCCAGGUUGCCAACGGUGUGGUUGCCGAGCACCUGAGGGGGUGUGGCUACCAGUACACCCUCUCCACUUUCCUCCCGGAGUCCAGCACCCACCUAGACAGACUGCUGUCCAGAGAAGACAUUCUCCACUAUCUUCACCUCCAGCCACCAGCACCGCUUCAUUCCCUCCUCACCGACGACACUGGCAGAGUGGGCGGAGCCACGUGUGACCACACCCACUCUAUUGGUGUGCAGACGGAGGAGAGGGUCGGAGGAAGAGGGGGUGUGGCUCUCACACUGGCCGAGAGGUUGAGAGCUUUGGACGAGGAGCACUUUGCUCAGUUGGCAGAAGAGGGAGGAGGGGAGGAGGGGGAGAGAGAGGAAUGGAGGAGAGAGUGCGAGGAAGAGUUGAGGAGGAGAUGGAGGGGGAAAUGGAGCAAUUCAGGGAGACAGAGUUGGCUAAAGUUAGGGAAGAAGAGAGAGUACGCUGCGAGGUCCAGCUGCGCAAUCUGCGGAUCGAGCAAGAGGAGAUCCACCACUAAGAAAAUGGAGUCUCUGCGCAGACUGGAGCUGGACACUCUGAACAGUCUGCGGGCCCGGCAGUUGGAGACCGAGGCGGCUCUGUACUCGAGAAGGCAGGAGCUAGAACUGCAGCUCCAGGGAAGGGGAUGA